AUGAAGGGCCUUUUAUCACGCGCCCUGACGCUGGCAACUGCGCUCUUCCAGCGACAGGCUCUUGUCUGGGAUGGCACAUGCUCAACGGGCAUACACAUGAUCGUUGCCCGUGGAUCUACUGAACCUGACGGGUAUGGCCGGAUUGGAGUUGUGGCCCAGAAUGCUUCCUUGCUGAUACCCAACUCUUCAAUUGCCACCAUCGUCUAUCCAGCAACAUUCGAAAAUUACUUUACCUCCUAUGCAACGGGAGCCUCCGAGUUUGAGAAGCUUGUUCUUCAAUAUGUGGACGCCUGUCCUGAUAGCAAGGUCGCUCUGCUGGGCUAUUCGCAGGGAGCUCACGCCAUGAUGGACGCUGUCUGCGGAAACAGUGAUGAUGGGUUCUUUGUGUCCCCCGAAUUCCAGAAGGCACUUGGCUCGCAAGUUAUUGCAAUCGUUGCAUUCGGCUCCCCUGACUUCAAUAAAACUCACCCCUGGAGCGCUGGCACAAGCACCGGUGCGGGCUUGUUCGCUCGUAAAAACAUUACCGCUUGUGAGCCAUACGCAGCUAGAAUUCGCAGCUGGUGUGAUGAAGGUGAUAUUUAUUGCGACCUGGGAUCAGACCGGUCGGUGCAUGGAUCAUACUUUGCCAAUUACACCCUCGAUGCAGCCGAGUUCAUUGCAGAGAGGUUCAACAGCUCUGACACCGUCGUUGACGUCCCUACAACUACUGCUCCUCCUACCACCACACCAACUCAGUCGGGAACCGAGACAACUGAUGGGACGACAACUGAGACAACUACAGACACGACAACAACCAGUACCCCAGGCUCCGGCGCUGGAUCGUUCAACCCCUCUUGGAUAAUGAUACUGUCGAUGGCGGGCACCUUGAUGAUUUGGACCGAGCUUCUAUGA